CAGUCAGUCAAACAUCAUCUGGGUGUCAACUCAUAGCCCCAGGCUAAUAGCUAUAUAUCGGAGAUAAAAUUUCACGAUUUGAGUUUUUGAUGAAAAUAAGCUAUUUCAUCAUACAUAUUCUUACGAAUUUCAUCAUAGGAUUUGUUGAGGAUACAUUUGUUGCAUUAUUUGCCAACUUUGAGCAUCGAUCUUAAAUUUGGUGAAGUUAGUUUCAUUUUUGAAUUUGUGAUAGUGUUAUAUAUUAAAGACACUAGACGUGUUUUCAGGACUAUUUUAUUUGGCGAUAAUCUCGUUCGGAAGAAACAAAGUUAAGUGUGUAGUCCAUGGAGUGCUGGUCUUUGCUAUUUCAUGCUUUUAGAUGCUGAUGUACUCCUAUGCUUGGCACCUGUGAUAUAGCUGCAACCGGCUGGAGUAAAUACUUAUAUUUGAGUGAAUAGACCUAAAUUGGGGUCACAAAUUUUCUUUGGAGAAGACGCAGCAAUCCAUGUUGCUUAGACUGCAUGACGACUCAGGCACAAAAUCUUCUGUGAUUUUCACACCGUGGAUAAAAUUUUACGCUUUAAUCAAUAUUUGAAAGGUCAAAAACAUUAUAUGACCACACAGCAGUCUCCUCUGGUUUUGAGAGUCGGUCUGUUCUUAUAGACAUGAUUGAUGGAAUCGAACCAGCUCUGAAGAUGAGGGAUCUGGACUUCUUUAAGACAAUGCCUUCACAAUUGGAUAGGGCGCCAUCUUUUAGCAGGGUGAAAAAAGAGGUUGGUAGAGCCCAUCCUCAUGUAGCCCAGCAGGCCUGGACAUCUUCAGAAUAUCAAGGGUCGCUGAGCAUACCGUCACACGACCCAUCGCGUGUCACACGGGACUCUACCUUCAACGCCAGGAAUCCUGGUGCAAAACUCGGCAAACCUGAUGAGGUUAGCUUGAAAAGUCUUGCACUCACAAGAUCAGGUCAGCCUGGAUUAUUUGACGAUUGCGACAGCGUACCAAGAUUACGGACAAAGCGGCGGAAUAGUCUAUCUGCAUACUUGCCGAGUCGAGGUGUGAAUAACACGCAAAGUUUCACGGGUUCUGACAGUUAUCAAUCCCAGGCCAGUCGGAAUAGUUUUCACCAGGUCUACAGUCAGAAAUUCCAAAGUGACGAAAUACAAUUGCAGGGUGAUGCAUCAUGCGAUCAAAAUUGUAACGAUAUCAAUCAGCUUGAGUUGAGUUUGAGCCGAGAUUUGACAGGUGGGAGGCGAGUCAGUCGAAGGCAUUCAGUAGCCUCGCUUUCAGAAUCAUAUUCUUUGGGGAACCUCUCGAACUUUGAUCAGACAUCAGAGUACUUUUCAAGGCAUGGAAAUAAUUCAGAACAGGCCCAAAAGAGGGAGUUUUUAAAACCAAAAUCCACACGAAGAGGUUCUUACACUGAUGUUGAUAUCGACCAUAACCUUGUAAACAGUGGCCCAUGGUGUCAGAAACAGGAACCAGGGCAUAGAAACCAACAUGGUUGCAGCACUAGAGAGCCUCAAUCUGGACAAAAUAGCUCAGCACGUAAACGUCGGAGGGCCUCAUGUAGUGUUAUCUCAGAUGCUGAGACUAAAAACAUUGUCCAACAAAGUGACGAAGGAUUACAGGAUUUAAUCCAUGCUCUACGACGGGAUAUAAAUCCACAGAAUUGCACACCUCCCACAAAAGUACCCGAAAAGUCAAAUACAGAAUUCCGGAACAGGAUACCAAUUGCAAAGGAGAGUUCCAGUCUGUUGAUAUCUAAUCAAAACUUGCUCUCCGGAUCACAGGUCCAAGUGCAGAAUACAGCACUAGAGCAUUCCAGAAGUCCUAUUGCGAUACAUCUUCCUGAUUCUGGCGCUUGUUCUGUGACGCAGAGACAAGAAUCGGUAAAAAGACGGCCCUCUUUUAAAGACACACACAUCAGUUUAGUUUAUUCAAGAGAUUUCAACGUUGAUGAUUCAUUAGAGGACGUACUGAAGUGUGCUCAGUCGGGCCUUGGUGCAAACUUCUCGACCGAUUUGUUCAAAAAUGAAAAGAAACAUAAUCUUGUAAAUUCUCAAGGUCACACUAAGGUCAACUUUCAAGGUCAAACUGUAGUUGAAUCUCAAAGUGACUUAAACAUCAGAGCUCAAGGUUGUACAAAGGAUAAAUCAUCGACAACUAAGGAGACAUGUUACAUUAAGGAGAGUUCAAAAACUGCAUCCGAAUCUACUCAUUUGAAUAAAGUAUCAUCAACUAGAAACUUAAAACAAAACAAAACAGAAACAGUUAAAAACAAGUCUUUAUAUGUAGAAAGCAAAUCUGCUCAAAGUGACACAGUUUCAGAAGAAAGUGACUCCUGUUCCGAAUCUGAACAAAGUGAUAUUUGUGGAGAGAAAGGGUUAACACAUAAGCGUAAACCUAGCCCAGGACAUGAAAACAAGCCUAGUCUUAAGAAGGAACAUUGUGAUCGUCAGAUAGAAGUUGACCGUGCGGAAGGGAUAAAUUACACAGGGGGACAUGAAGCCAAUGGAACGUGUGUAAUUAAUUCCGAAACGAGCAAAAAAUUGUCUCGGGAUACCGGUAUCGACAAUUUUUGCCUGAAAGGUUUUGGUAAUGGUGACGUUGUUGUACCAGAACACAAAACAAGUGCAGGGCAUUGUGUCACUAUUAGUUGUGACUGUGAAGACCUUAGUAGUGAAACGAAAUCUUUCGAUAAUGACUAUGUACAAAGUGGUUCUUGGAACAAUUCCACAAAGGGAAAAUGUCUUAGGUAUUCAGAAAGUGAGUCGGGGAAUACACCUUUUGGUAAAGGGCCUGUGAAGUUUGAGCCAAGGAGUAGUACACCUGGUCGGGAUAGACCAAGGAGCUAUUCUUUAGAUUCAGGGACACAGGAGUUAGUUCGACUGGAUUGUGUGGCAUCUGAAGACGACAGUACAUCGGGUAGUGAUUUGUCUGAUGUCGAACCUAGUUCUAUAGAUUCUGAAUCAAGUGAAGAGUCUGUCAAAGAAAACAAGGUUGUAACUGAAAGUAGUCCCAAGGAAACAAAAACAAAAAAGAUUUCUGUGUUUUCAAAAAUCAGGCGAAGUCUGACAGCACCAGAUGCAUUAUUCAAAUUUUUAAAGAAACCUGUGCGUAAAACACAACUACUCUCCUCCAACCAAAUCUAUACAAUCAGUGAGGAAAUAUCUCCAGAGGGUGUGAGUGUUCCGCAAGAGGAAAACCAGAAAACGAAACUCCACGGUAGUGCAAGUGAGCGCCCAAAAUCGGUUUCCGAUGAAGCACAACUAGAUGAGGCAUUCGAGACCUUUGCUGAAACAGCAAAGCAGAGGCUGAAGUUGAGAGAGAAGAAUGAAGGUGGACCUGAAUCCUCUGUUUCGCCUAAGAAGGUAAUAUCUCUGUUGCGGAGAAAAUCAUUGUACGACGCUCCAGAAAUUUUUGAGAAGUUUGUGAGCGUUGUUGAUAAAGCUGGUGAUAUCCAGUCACAGGAGAGUAUCUUUUCCAGUGGUACAACUGGGACCAGUGAUAGCGUUUUCGAACAAGGCAAAUCGGAUGACAUUUCUUCAACCGGUGAAACUGACAAUGAGGACAGCGAAUCUUCAUCAGAAGACGAUACUGAGGAGUAUACUGAGAUCUCCUUUUUCAACCGGUUCUCAGCGGCACGGACUUCUGUGAGACGUGCAUCGAUUGACUUUGGUUGCCUAGACCUUGUCAACAGGGCACAGAAAGGUAACCAACUUGAGAAUAUUUCUGUGUCCGCUUCCCUUAGUGACCAUAAUCUCGAGGAGCGAACCAGGAGGUUGAACAGACGGUGUAGCGAUGGGCGUAUAAUGGGUUACGCCAUGGCACAAAACCAGUCUUCCCAGAAUACAGAGCAAACCAAGAUGGUUGCAAAAGCCGGAAGUAGCAGUGAUGCAAUGCGUGAGUUUGGGCGGCAUUUGCCCAACCAAGAUUCGGACCAAUUGGUUGGCAAGAUAGGCAACGGAAAAUCUGUGGCACGGUCUGAUUCAGAUUCAUCUGCACCGUCCGCUGGGGAUGCACCACAGCCGUCCCGAACAGCUCAGGUGCUAGCCAAUCCUAGCAUAAGACGAUAUCUGCUGCAAUCACAAGCACGACCUAGCUCAAGGCCUGGGUCAAGGUCAUCUAGUCCUGGAUUAACUGAUUCCGGGCCACAAUCCCCAAAAUCCAAAAAUCUACUAUCGAAGACUGAAUUCUUCUUUUCCUCUUCGGAGAAUUCACCAAAUGAUUCACCGCGGGGAUCUGUCUCAGAGUAUAGUGGCGACUCCUUGAAGCGAUCGUUCAGAAAGGACACUCGUGAUACUGGUCCCAUCAUGUCGCGCUUGCACCAGAGGCGUAGCAGCUCUGAGAUGAAUCUAGAUCAAAUUGGGUUAUUGGAUCCAGGAAAAGUAGAAACAUCCAAAUCUGGGCGCUCGCUUACUGAUCCAUUUCCUGAGAGGUCACGAUCACCACGCGAGAUCUUAGAACUCUCACAGCGAUCGUAUUCUGAAGCGUCUGACAAUCCACCAGAUAUGACUUCAAAACAUUAUUCCGAUCCGACAUUCCAGGACAUUAUGAAACGUAGCUCCCUCAAAUCGAAAUUCCACAUUCCAACAUUCGAGGAAUUCAAACUGAAAAAGAAAACCACUUUUUCUAGCACGUUGGAUUAUAUUGGUCAGUCACGAAUGAACCAAUCAAAGUCUUCCUCUCAUCAGCCAAUCAAAGGAGUUCAUUCUAAACUUUUGGUUGAGCAAGUAAGGCAUGCGCGUUCCAUGACCGCUUUGCAUGAACUUGACAAAGAAUCAGAGGAUGAUGAACUCAUCUGCUCAAAAGAGGGUGCUUCCAAUAAAUGUAAACAAACAAUCUCGGGCUCAGCAGACGCCAAAAUUGGCUUGGCAGACGGAAGGCCUAAAGAUGUAACUUUGAAUGAAAAUGUUGUGCAGGCUGUGCAGAAUUCAGGUUGUGGGACUUUGAAUACUAGCAGUGUUCUUAAAGCUCCUCCUAGGAGGCGCCAUAGGUCAUCAGAUAGCCGCAAAAGUGAUGAGGGGUUGUCGCCGAGAGGCGGGAGUGAUGCGUCACCACGACGACCCAAGUCAAUGUACGUGGAUGGUCCAAAUGAAGAGGUCAGAGUUGACCUGCGUAGGACUGGAUCAGAACAAAUGUUGGCAUCAGAAAGUUCAUACGCAUGGCCAGAAUCACAGACUAAUACUGUGUGCCACAAAACUCCAGCAACACAGGAAGGGAGUUUAAGUGUACCUGGGGUGACUGUGACCGAAUCCGAUGUAGAUGCAUGUGCUAGGCCUAAGAGGCCAGAUAGGAAACAGAGAAAAAAGAGUAAAUCUAUGAUUGAGAUUUCAAAGACCGACUUGGAUGCCUUGCAGCAGGCUCAUCAAGGUCAUGUUGAACUUCAGAAUCGAUUAGAUUCAUGUGAACGCUCGAAUAGUGAAAGGGCUACGACCAAGAGCCAUCGUCACAGGCUGAGGUCAGAAAGUUCAGAAGGUGACCUUGACCUAAGUCAAGGUCAUAAAGAGAAGCACAAGAGACAUAAAUCUGGGGAAAAGGUAUCGAAAACAAAAUCUGAAGCUCCACUGGUUGAAUUGGUAAAGGAUGGACAUAGACGCUCAAAAAGUGAAAAGGCUCACAGGGUCAAAGAAUCUUGUGGGAAACGGCAUCAAACUGAUACGUGUGUACGAGCCAGUGACUUUGUCGAUGGCGGCAUUGGAAAGGAUGCUGCUUCCAAUUGCAACUCCCAGCAUUUAAAACUAGACCUUAGUGCUAUGAAUUAUGACUCUUCAAGUCCAGUUCCCUCGCCACGAGACGAUGAAGAAGUCUUGUCACCACGUGCGCGGAAAAGCAAAUCGAGGAAAUCGCAUAAAUCAAGUGCGAAAAGUAGCGAGGACCUUGCAAAUAAUGAAUUAUCUGUUCUGAAUAGUGCGAAAAAGUUGCUGAAGGCUCAUAGUAUGGACAAUCUGAACGUUCUGAAGAAACAUAGCAAACAGGACAAGGAUAAGAAGGUCAAAGGUCAACGACCAGUUAGCAUGGGUAUUCCAGUUAACAUCGACUUUGAGGACGAGGCAAUUGGUCAAGAAGUGGCGUCACAUGUUAGGAGGACUGACCAUGGGGGCGAGCAUCGGCUGAGAGUGCCCUACGAUACUGAAAGCAAGAGUAUCGUGACCCGGUCGACGUCUGAUGUCUCCGAUGUCAGAAAGGAGGAGAAGAGGAGGCAGAAGAACAAGAAGAUACGGUCGUCGAAUAGCGACCCCUUUGAUGAGAAGGGGAGACGAUCACAACCAAAACUCAGAGAAGCUCGCAGUCAUCAACAACUGGUCCCGGAUUCCUCGGACACACACUUCCUUGAAUCAUCACACAGCUUCCAGAGUAUCGGAAACAUGGAUGAAGAGGAUGACACCAGCACAGAGGUUCCGGUAAAAAAGUCAUCGGGGAGAAAACCGAAGAAAACCAGUAACGUCAGUACAACCAGUGUCGAUAGUGGCGUGAUUGGCCACGAUGGGUCACAUGACAAUGACGAGCUGUCACCGUGUAAGGAUGGUACCUUCAUUAUCGACGUGGAACGGGUCGAUAGCGGUGUUGGUAGCGAGACAAAAUAUACGAAUAAGAAGGAGAGGAAACAGAGGGAGGGCCUAGUCUGUGUCGACUGCGACAAGCUCAUCCCAGAUAACGACGACAUCAUCACAGAGGUCGCCACCAUCUGUAAAAAGUGCUUAUCACGCCGCACGGAACGUAAGGAGACGAUACAGGAAAUCAUCGAGACUGAGGUCAGCUAUGGGCGGGACUUGAAAAUAAUUAAGGAAGAGUUCUACACGCCGAUGCAAAAAGCGUCGCUGUUGACCUCGGAGCAGAUACAAGCAGUGUUUCUAAAUUUCAUGGAUUUAAUGGACAUCAACGAUAAGUUUGCGGACUUUUUGCAGGAUGCAAUCGAGAAUGCAAAUGAGCAAGGUGACGAGGAUUACCACACUGUCCAAAUCGGCAAAAUCUUCCUGGAUUUCUCGUUCAUGUUUAUUGCAUUUGAAAAUUACUGCGUUAACCAAUCAUCUGCCAGCCUCCUUCUGGAACAGAUGGAGAAAGAGCGGGAACUUCUGCGGAUAUUUCUGCGCGUGUCCCAGCGGGAUAAUCAACUCUUGCGUCGGAUGAACCUCAAGUCAUUCUUAAUGGUGCCUGUACAGAGAAUAGUCAAGUAUCCCCUGCUCCUGACUCGGUUAUACAAGUCGACUCCCCUCCACAACACAGACAGAGCACUCAUCAAAGAAGCUCAGUUGAAGAUUGAGGAAAUAUUAGACCAUAUAAAUGCAUCUGCAAAAGGUGGCAGCAGUGGUACCAGAGCCAGAACGAAAGGUUCAAUUAUGCGACGAGGGGCACCAGGAGCUGCGGCAGAGAGCGUCGAGAUACAGAAAGUUGCAUUUGAGACGAUCGGGCAGAAUCGCAAUGACGCAUUUUGUGUGAUAAUGGGGAGGUUAAGUUACGCCACCCCAACGGAACAAGGCCACUGGACCAAGAAGGGCAAGGGCCUCAAAUUCAGCCCCUUACAGGCUGUGGUGCUAGCUUUAGGAAAGAAUAAGUCGGAAUACAGCGUAGAAGAAGAUUUGCUCCUCUUUCCAAAGAAGAGUCACACAACAGAGGCGUUGAUGGUACUACUCAAGGAAAAGAACGGGAAAUACGUCCCAGCGCGGGAACCCCUGUCGCUUGAUAAGUGCGUCGUUUGUAUGGAUCCCGACUUUGACGAGGUAUUUGAGGUGCACGAAAUCAACAAGGAGACGUUAUUUUUCAAGGCUGACGAAACCAAAGAAAACGUGACCUGGGUCCGCCAUCUAAAAUACCAGGCGAAAGGUGUUGGCGCGUGGCGACGAAGACGGCAUGCUCUGGCCAACAUCAUGUUCAGUAAAGCGUAACCAAGACGAGGACGCCACCUAUCUAUAGUCAUUUGAACUGCUAGCUGUGAUAAUUGCAACUUAUCCUAACGGAUAUCUCAAACUGACUAUUAUUCAUGUGAUUGGUUAUUGUUCAGUGCGGACCAAAGACUUUGGAACUGUCACAGAAUAUACUAACUUUAAAGAAUGUGAGGGUCAACCCAAACGUAAAUUUCGCCUAUCAAACAGAAAUAGAUUUGAAAAAAUGACGACCCUCUAUUGGUUUUUGGGAGGAACGGAGGGCUUCUGAAAUGGCCCCGUACUAUAAUGUGCUGGUUUCUUCAUGAUUUCCUUGAUUUGAAUUCUGUUUGAACUUCAUGGAUUCUGUGUGGCAGCAAAGGCAAAUGUGUGCACAAUUUCUUGGAUAAAGGUUUUUUAUCUCAACAAAGGACUGGAAAACUGAAAUGGUUCAAACUUUAGACCAGGAUGACGAUAAUACAAGUUACUGUAGCUAUAGAGAUGCGCAAUGUCAUGGUAAACUCCAUUUGGCCGUGGAAUAUGUAAAUAUUUGGCGACAUCAAAAUGGCCAUGGGUAUUUUUACCAAGCAGAGCACAAGACUAUUUAUUCACCUAUUGUCAUCAUAAGCCUCUGAACAAUUUUAAACAAGUCACUAGGUCGCCAACUAAAAUUCAUUUAACGUUACUACUUGACUGGGAAUAUUUUUGGUGGAUGUUUUCCCUGCAUGAUUUUAACUUAUAUUAAACAUUUAAGGCGUAAACCAACUUGGUUUUUUUCUCCAACCCAUUGUCUAUCGAAAUUGAACCUGUAUGGUCGUAAAUAACCACAAGCCUCAUAUCUCUCUUCUUGAUCACCCAUAAAUAGACUUGGAUUAGUGAAACUAGCAAAACUAACAACAGAAUCAAAGCUACCAUACCAGGUACAGAAAUCUAGUAUAGAUGGAGAUACAUCAGAAAAUUAUUACUUCCCAAUCGCACCUUUCCGAGACCAUGAAUAAAAAGUAUGGUUACUGUGUCUGUAACUAUAACCAAGCAUAAAUAUUCUCUCUGUAACUAAUGUGUCUAAAUGUAUAUAAGAGUUGUAUUUAUAAAAUGUGUACAAAUAGAUAUAAAUAAAUUUAA